CAAUCUCUUUUUGACUCUUAAUAAAAUAAGAGUUUCAUUCGAACGCUGGUCAAUAUCAAGCUAUCAUUUAUAGGUACGAGUGCGAGCAUAUAUUAUUCGACAAAUUAUAACAUAAAACUAGCAACAACUAUAAAAAAAACAAUUAUUAUAAUAAUUGCCACCGAUGACAUCAAAACACAACAAAGGAUUAUUCUGUUUUUUUGUGGUAGUGAACGUAAAAAUUCUGAAUGUCUUUGAAAUUUGUAUUUUUUUCUUGGAUAGUAUUUUUAUUCGCGCAUCUUUCUUCAGGAGUUAUUGUAUGUCCCACCUUUAGCGACUAUUUUUUUUCUGGGAGUAAUAAAAAAUGUUACGAUAAUCCUGAUGGCGAUGCUGCAGAGCCAGCAGAAAUUAUUCGAAGACACGGGUUCAACUGCAAAACCUACAGCCUAAAAACUGACGAUGGUUACAUUUUAAAUGUAGCAAGAAUACACGAAAAAAUUGAAAAGAAGACCCCCAUAAUUAUAGGACCUGGGAUUUCCAUGAACAGUCUUGCUUUUAUCAACAGAGGCAAUAAAUCUCUAGCUUUUUUCCUGGCAAACCAUGGAUAUCAGGUCUGGGUUAUAAAUUGGCGUGAUACAAGGUUCAGCAGAAAGCACGAUAAUUCUUCAGACAGGACUUACUGGAAUACAGGGUUUCACAAAAUGGCCACAUCAGAUCUGAAGGUGGUUCUAAAGAAUGUUUAUGAAGAAACAGGAAAUAAGGGUAUUUAUGUUGGAUAUUCAAUGGGUACCACGAUUGGCCUAAUUUUCAACAUAAAAGAACAAGAAUUCGCUGAAAAUACCGUUAAGGGUAUGGUACAUUUGGCUCCCAUUUCAAGAAUGGACAAUUCAAAGUCGAUUUUGAUAUUUUUGAGUCCUUUGUGGCCACUCAUCAGACCAUUCCUAAAAAAGAUAAACACCAAUAAUGAGAUACCUUAUAGAAGAAAAAGAUUAAUAUGUGGUUCAAACCCUUUUCAAGUUGUUUUUUGCGAAUUGCUCAAUGUACCGAUAUUUGGAAACGCAUUCAAAUUUCUAGAUCCUCUGACGUAUCCAAUAACAUCAAAACAGAAUAGAGAUUCCAUUUCCAUCACCACAAUUGAACAUUACCACCAAAUUAUGAAGAGUAGGAGUUUCAGAGAAUUCGAUUUUGGAAAAAUUGUAAAUUUGAAAACGUACAAUAAGGAGGAACCGCCACAGUAUGAUUUGAACAAGGUAACAGUACCCCAAACUAUGCUGGUAGGAGGAAGGGAUAUUGUGGCUACAAAAAAGGAUGCUAAAAAUCUUUAUGAUCUUCUGCCUGAAAAAUCUAAGUGCGGAUAUCUAAUUUUGGAAGAAUAUGGACACAGGGAUUUCAUUAUAGCAAAGAACAUCGAGGAUGUUCUUUUUGGCAAAGUGUUGAGUAGAAUUAACUAUAUUGAAGAAGGAAAAUGUGAUGUCGAAAUGGCAUCUUGUGGAUGUUCAUUCACCUUACUGCUCUUAUUUCUUGUCAUCGCUGGAACUGGAGAAGCCAGGGUGAAGAGAAGACUGAAAAGCGACUUGGUCGACAAAAACCAAGGCGAAAAUACCAAUUCUAACGAUGUGACCCUACAAGAUCAGCAACCCACCACAGACUAUGAAGAAUACGGUCCAGAGUAUGAAGAAUACUAUGAAGAAGACGACAAGAGACGAUCAACUACUAAGAGGCCUGAAAACAAGACAGAAAGUACAACAACACCGGAAGAAGACAGACCGGUUCCAACAACCACUUCCGCUCAACCGGACAACGAACGUCCGACGCCUUCUUCAGCGCCUCGCCCCACUACCUCGAGGGUACCUCUCAGCUGCCUCCAAGAGGGAGUCCAGUAUCUUGACGGGGAGGAAUGGAGAAUUGGAAACUGCACAGAGUGCAGCUGCAUUCGAGGCACCAUCCAAUGCAAAACCGACAAGGAAUGUCUUCUAGGCCCAAGACCCACCAGAGAGUCAAGACCUGUAGAACCUCCAUCCAUACCUGGACCUAGAGGACAGCCUGGAUACCCAGGUGACUCAGGACGUAUAGGAGAUCCAGGUCAACCUGGCAGUCCUGGUACUCCAGGGAUUCCAGGUCCCCCAGGUCCACCUGGACCCGCUCCAGAUUUAAGUGCUUACUACCAACAGCUAAUGGCCUCGCAGUCUAGUCAUGAUAAGGGUCCCGCAUUUCCGGAACCUUUCCAGUUUUUGCAGGCUCAAGUUGGACCUGUAGGACAAAGAGGACCUCCUGGACCUGCUGGCUUGCAGGGAACUCAAGGGUUUCAAGGGUUGAGAGGAGAGACUGGCGAACCUGGUUCCCCAGGUGCCAUGGGACCGAUUGGUCCUCGUGGGCUACCUGGAGCUCCUGGGAAAGAUGGAGAACCUGGCGACGAUGGAGAAGCUGGACAACCCGGAGCAUCAGGUCCUCCAGGACCUAGAGGUCUUCCUGGUAUGCCAGGAUUACCAGGACCGAAAGGACACAGGGGUUACAACGGGCUAGAUGGUGCCAAAGGAGAGCAAGGACCUGCAGGUGCCAAGGGAUCUCAAGGUUCCCAAGGACCUAUCGGCCUCACUGGUCCUGUAGGACCUGCUGGACCUAGGGGGGAAAGGGGGCGAGAAGGACCUCCUGGACCACCAGGUAUGAGAGGAUUCGAUGGAAUCGCCGGACCACCAGGUGCACCGGGAUCGAUUGGUAAACCUGGAGCCCCUGGUUUUCCAGGAAAUCCUGGAGCUAAAGGUGAUCAAGGAAGCGUUGGACCGAAGGGUAGUCAAGGUCUUCAAGGACCUAGAGGCGAGUCUGGAAGAGCCGGCCAACCAGGUGAAUCUGGCCCACCCGGUAUACCAGGUAAAGAUGGAACACAUGGAGAAAAGGGAAGUUCGGGAGCGCCAGGAAUUUCCGGACCUCCCGGCUUUCCGGGACCUAGGGGACCCCCUGGAAUCCCUGGAAGUUCCGGACAACCCGGAGCUAAAGGGAUACCCGGAACACCAGGUGAGCGUGGUUACAAGGGAGAUAUUGGUGCUAAAGGAGAGCUCGGAAGCCCAGGACCCAGAGGUUUACCUGGACUGCCUGGUCAAGAGGGAAAAAGGGGAAAGAGAGGAAUGAGAGGAUCUACAGGACCAUCUGGACCUAUUGGCGAGAGAGGACUCAUGGGAAUCAGAGGAUUGCCAGGCCCUGACGGAGCCAUCGGACCCAAAGGACAAACUGGUGACAGAGGUAGCGUGGGUCAUCCUGGAUCCAAGGGUAACCAAGGAGAACCAGGAAGACCAGGGUCACCCGGUAUUCCAGGAAUGAGAGGACUCACCGGCAGAGUAGGACCUCAGGGUCGUCCCGGCAUUCCUGGAGACAGAGGACUACCAGGAGCGGACGGUAAACCUGGAGAGUCUGGACCUCAAGGUUUGCAAGGAUUGCCAGGACCUCUUGGACCUCCAGGUGAUAAGGGUUUGACGGGACCUUCUGGUAAAGAUGGCGAGCAAGGACCUCCAGGUCAACCUGGAGCAAGAGGUGUUCCUGGACAGGAUGGUAAAAGUGGACCCCAAGGACUUCCAGGUCCUCCUGGAGCUGAUGGAGAAAGAGGAGCUCCAGGGUCUGUUGGUCCAAGAGGAUUCCAAGGUCUUCCUGGUAGCCCAGGCAACCCUGGUACUCCAGGAAAAAACGGAGAACAAGGCAUACAAGGACUUCCUGGUGCUGUUGGACCUUCCGGACCAAGAGGAGAAAGAGGAUUCCCAGGAGACAGAGGACCAAAUGGUCUUCCGGGAGCAGAUGGUCCAAAAGGAAAUACAGGAGCUCAAGGUGUCGAAGGACCUCCAGGCAUCCAAGGACCAAGGGGAUCUAAAGGCCAUCCUGGACUACCGGGUAUGGUCGGUCUCCCAGGUAUUAGAGGUCCUCCAGGUGUUCAGGGGGAGAAAGGAGAAAGAGGAUCCGUAGGACCUAUAGGUCCUGAGGGUCCUGCAGGAAGACAAGGUGAACGUGGACUUCCUGGACCGGUCGGAUCUCAUGGACCUCCUGGAGAGCCUGGAGAAAGGGGAGAACCAGGACAUCCUGGAGUGGCAGGAGAGCCUGGAGCUAUUGGUGAACGAGGAGCCAUUGGGCCUCAGGGACAACCGGGUGUUCAAGGAUUUCCAGGACCUCAAGGAUUGAUCGGAUUGCCGGGAUUGAAAGGAGAAAGAGGUUCACAGGGCUUGAAAGGUGAACAAGGCAAUAUUGGACCGGCUGGUCUUCCAGGUGAUCAAGGACCCAAAGGACCUAUUGGUUUGACUGGAGCUAAGGGAGCUAGAGGAGAAGCAGGUCCAAGAGGAGAUGUGGGUCUUAUGGGACCUCCCGGUAGAGCUGGAGAACCAGGCACACCUGGUCACCCAGGAAAUCAAGGGGCCCAAGGACCUCAAGGCCUUCCAGGAAUUAAAGGAGCAACAGGUGACGUAGGCAGACCGGGAUUACAAGGACCACAAGGACUUCCAGGACCCAUCGGAACCGAAGGACCGAAAGGAGAAACCGGAGCCGAAGGAUCGCCAGGACCAGCAGGACAACCAGGUCCCCAAGGAUCUCCGGGAGAAAGAGGUUCGAUGGGAUUGCCGGGACCUCAGGGACCCAUCGGUCCAAUGGGACAUCGCGGCUCGCAGGGUGAAGCCGGUCCACCGGGAAAACCAGGUAACGAGGGUCCGUUAGGACCUCCAGGGGUUGCUGGUCCCCCAGGACUUCCUGGACCCGCUGGUGAUCAAGGACCCGAAGGUACUCCGGGAAAGAUUGGACCUCCGGGUUUGGCGGGAAGGCCAGGGGAUAAAGGACCUGUUGGACCUCCGGGACAAUCUGGACCCUCAGGACCACCUGGACUACCGGGACCACCGGGACCUCUAGGCCCUAUUGGAGCAACAGGAGAAAGAGGACCAAGAGGCGAGACCGGUCCUCAGGGUAUUGAAGGUCCAAGAGGAGAAAGGGGAAAACCAGGUGCUCCAGGACAAGUAGGCGAGAAAGGAGAACGAGGACAGGUUGGACCUGAAGGACCCAAAGGACACAGGGGAUUGAUGGGAUUGCAAGGACUUCCAGGUCUUCCUGGCUUCGUAGGUGAGAAAGGUAUGGACGGGCGUCCUGGUAUGCCAGGAAAAGAUGGAGAACCAGGUGCUAGAGGACCUCCAGGAAGAGACGGCAGCCCUGGACCUCAAGGCAUCCAAGGACCACCGGGCCCUAGAGGAAACAACGGCAAUGAUGGCAAGUCUGGUCCUCCAGGGCCUGCCGGACCUGCUGGACCACCAGGUCCCCCAGGAGAUGGACUUGGUUAUGAUGCCAACAACUUAGCCGCACUGUUGGCUAUGGGACAAAUAAACAACCAAAAAGGACCAGACUCGAUGAGCGAUGAACCCGUGAGGAUAUUCGGCAAGGAGAUGAGUGACGAGGAUAGGAAACAGUUAGUGAUGAUGGCCUACGAACAGCUGAAGACGUCGUUCGACAAAAUCAGAAGGCCCGACGGUCAGAAAAAAACUCCCGGUAAAACUUGUAGAGAUAUAUGGGCAGCCUAUCCUGAUUCUCCAAGUGGGCAAUACUGGAUCGACCCCAAUGAUGGAGACGCUAAAGACGCCAUCCUAGUCCACUGUGACAUGGAAAAGAAGGCCUCCUGCAUCCUACCGUCCCCAGCAGAAUCGAAGGUUAUCUCAUACGAAGGCCACGAUCCUGAAGUUUGGCUCGGUGAGCUGGAGGAGGGAAUAAAGAUAACCUAUAAGGCCCACAGCAACCAGAUAGGUUAUCUGCAGUUGCUUACCACGCACGCGCAGCAGAACAUCACGUUCCAUUGCAAGAACACGGUGGCUUAUUUCGAUCAGCACAAACGUACCUUCAGAAAAGGUCUUAAGCUGAUGGCUUGGAAUGACGCAGAACUUCUGCCAAAAGGAAAUAAUAGGUUGAGAUACGAAGCUCUUGUUGAUGAUUGUAGGUUCCGGAAGAACAGCUGGGAAAAGACUGUGCUUCAAUAUACUUCGGACAAAACCAGCAGAUUGCCACUUCUGGAUGUUGGAAUGAGGGAUUUGGGCAAGGCCGACCAAUCGUUCAAAGUUGAGAUUGGUGCAGCCUGUUUCUACUGAUCCUAUCAGAUUUUAUCGAAAAAUAUAUCUACUUGUACUUAGUUCCUAGAGUAACUGUUAAAAAAGGUGCCAUAAUAAUGAAUGAGAUUGUAUAUUGUUUGUACAAAAUAAAUUAAGAUAAAUAUUCGUUA